AUGAACCUCUCCAUAGCAGAAGUCAUCCAUAAAGAUGACGGAACUAAAGGCAAAGCUACCCUCGGAAUGGAGGGUGAUGGAGAGCUGCAGUACGAGUGGCUUCUAGCUAAGCUAGCAAAGGAACAGCCUCCCCCCGAGACGACCGCAGCCAAUUCGUCGAGCGGCGGAUUGUACCAACGCGAGUAUGCCAUGUACUUGGAGAUUUUCAAGGCGAACAUCGCGAAGAAGGGUAUCAACGUCAUACAAGUAGAGAAUGUCUUCCAAACACCCAUCUGGUCCGGCGGCAACAUCCUCUUCCUCGACUACAAUUCCAGUUCAUCCUCCUCCGCACUAUCCACGCACGAUACUACGCACGAUACUACGCAAGAUGCUGCGCAAGAUACCCCCGAAGAUAGUGAGCUCGAUGUGUACCAAGGUUUCAAUACUGAAAAGUAUUUCUUCGAGCUCAACUUCUACUACUACCGCUACAAGGACUGGUUCCGCUGCAUGGUAGACUCGUUCUGGGGCCCGCAAGUUGCGUCGGUCUUCCAGAUAAUCUACACCAAUCGCCCCUUCAUCCAGAUUGCCUUCAAGCGGGAUUGGAACUUCGCAGAUGAGCGAGAGCAGUACUACGAAAACGUGAUGAUGUUCUUGCACGUCAUGGCCCGCCUGCGCCCAUUGGAGGGACUCGGCCCCCUUACGGACAUCUUCGGCUUCAGCCUCGUUACCUUCUCUGCCAAGGUCAUCACCCAAUUUGAGACGGUUGAACGUCUCGGAAUCAACAGACCGGAGGGUGAGGGAAACCAGCCCAUGAAGUUCGUCGUCCGCCAUCGUUUCGAGGCUUGGCGAAGCGUGGUCGUCACCAUUAAGGAUUGA